UGCACAAGCCUCAUCUUUGUGAACCCUGCACAAGCCUCAUCUUCGUGGAACCCUGCACAAGCCUCGUCUUUGUAGAACCCUGCACAAGCCUCAUCUUCGUGAACCCUGCACAAGUCUCAUCUUCGUGGAACCCUGCACAAGCCUCAUCUUCGUGGAACCCUGCACAAGCCUCGUCUUUGUAGAACCCUGCACAAGCCUCAUCUUCGUGAACCCUGCACAAGUCUCAUCUUCGUGGGACCCUGCACAAGCUUCAUCUUCGUGGAACCCUGCACAAGCCUCGUCUUUGUGGAACUCUGCACAAGCCUCAUCUUCGGGGGACCCUGCAUAAGCCUCGUCUUCGCGAACUCUGCACAAACCUCAUCUUUGUGGAACCCUGCACAAGCCUUGUCUUCAUGAACCCUACACAAGCCUCAUCUUCGUGAAACCCUGCACAAGCCUCAUCUUUGUGAACCCUGAACAAGCCUCUUCUUUGGGGGACCCUGCACAAGUCUCAUCUUCGUGGAACCCUGCACAAGCCUCAUCUUCGUGGAACCCUAAACAAGCCUCAUCUUUGUGGGACCCUGCACAAGCCUCAUCUUUGUAGAACCCUGCACAAGCCUCAUCUUUGUGGAACCCUGAGCGAGCCUCAUCUUCGUGGAACCCUGAACAAGCCUCAUCUUUGUGGAACCCUGCACAAGCCUCGUCUUUGUGGAACUCUGCACAAGCCUCAUCUUCGGGGGACCCUGCAUAAGCCUCGUCUUCGCGAACUCUGCACAAACCUCAUCUUUGUGGAACCCUGCACAAGCCUUGUCUUCAUGAACCCUACACAAGCCUCAUCUUCGUGAAACCCUGCACAAGCCUCAUCUUUGUGAACCCUGAACAAGCCUCUUCUUUGGGGGACCCUGCACAAGUCUCAUCUUCGUGGAACCCUGCACAAGCCUCAUCUUCGUGGAACCCUAAACAAGCCUCAUCUUUGUGGGACCCUGCACAAGCCUCAUCUUUGUAGAACCCUGCACAAGCCUCAUCUUUGUGGAACCCUGAGCGAGCCUCAUCUUCGUGGAACCCUGAACAAGCCUCAUCUUUGUGGAACCCUGAACGAGCCUCAUCUUCGUGGAACCCUGAACAAGCCUUAUCUUCGUGGAACCCUGCACAAGCCUCAUCUUUGUGGAACCCUGAACAAGCCUCAUCUUCGUGGAAUCCUGCACAAGCCUCAUCUUGGUGGAACCCUGAACAAGCCUCAUCUUUGUGAACCCUGCACAAGUCUCAUCUUGGUGGAACCCUUUGUGAAAAGUAGAUAAGACCCCUUCUCUUGCGUCCUCAUAUCUCCUGUUUCUUCUCCUUCUCCUACUUUUUCUUCAUGCAACAAGGGAUGAAGAUAUUUUUUUGAGUCGAGAUGUGGGUGAACUCCCUCAAGAGCACAGAUGCAAGACCGAACGUGAUCAGAGGAUGUUAUGGAGCGAUACCCUGAGGAUUUUGUAAAUCCAGAGAAGACAUCUUCCUUCAGAGUGAACUGUCCCCAGGAAGUGGCCAAAGAUAUGACUGAACAUAGUGUCACCAGGCAGUUCAAUCCCACCAUCCAAGGAUACCUCUGCUUUGCCACAGUUUCACUCACUCUGUGUCUUCUUGCAACGUUGGGGAUUAUUGUGGUCUUAGUGCUUCAACGGACGGGAUCGACAGCCCAAUGUGAUGGACAUCCAAGAGCAGAAAUGCAAGAAGACAUCUCCAAGACUAUGGCAUCCGAGAAAGCAGUUGCAUAUCUUCAAGCUCUUCCAGUCAACCAGACACGACUGAAGUGGCAUAAAGAAGGGAUUCUCUACAACUUCCACUAUGACGAUGGAAAUCUGGUGGUCCAGAAACCCGGCCUCUAUUUCAUAUUUUGCCAUUUGCAAUUUUCCUUUCCCACGUGUGGAAGCAGCGCGGAGGACCUCACGCUGAGCCUGAGUGUGAACGGAAACAUCAUGAAGGAAACCGUUCUCACGUUGUGCAGUUCCCAUAAGACGUCCGAAAGAAUCAGCCAUGACAUCUCCUCGGCGCUUUUGGUAGAAAUGAACAUCGGAGAUCGGUUCGGAGUGGAUGUCAACUUGUUCCGAUACUUGCAUACAGACACCCUCCCUUCAAGCAAUGUUCUAGGUGCUUUCAAGUACCUUGGGGGAGACUGGAAAUGCCCUUUCCUUGGGACGAUAGCUGGACAAUGUCUUUAAUUAACAUUAUGAGGAUCUGGCAUGCUAUUGGCAAAGUCCUAUCUGACCAAUGGUGAAGCAUGAAGAUCCUCAGCACAGCCCACAAUUGGACAAGAACAAUGGCUUCUUCCUUCUUUCCUUAGGCACAGACCGAAGAUCUUGCUGACCCAAAGAUCUGGGUGAGCUCCUGCCAUCAGCCUUGGCUUCUGCUUACAUAGCAGUUCAAAAACAGCAAUGUGAGUCGAUAAAUAGGUACCACUUUGGCGGGGAGGUAAAAGGCGCCCCUGAAAACAUGCCAGCAAUUUGGUUAGGAAGGUGUCCAAGGACAACAGCUUCCUCGGCGUGGAAGAAUGUCACAACAGCACCUCCCCGUGGCCAAGUCGAGCACAGCCUCCAGAUGCCGGAGAUGGAAAAUGAGGGAAGCCUUGUCAGAGCGGCUUGCUAGGCACACGCACAGCAGAAGUCGCUGACGAGGAAGCUCUGGAUAAAUAACGACACUGCAGUCUUCAGUUUUCUAUCAAAAGUUUACUUACGAAUGGAAUUCUCACAAGACGAUACACAGCUCUCACGCAGACACACACGGGAAGGGACAGAGAGAAAAAGAUAGGAAGUAGAGGACUAUUUAUCUCAUCCUCUGCUGUCUGAUGCAAUCCAAAUUUAACCCUUUACACACUGGCAUAGUAAGCAGCACACAGUGUAUGAUGCAAUCUCCAGCACACAUUGCACAACCAUGACUCAAUUACAUUUAAACAACUCUAUAUACAAUCAUUCCCACUUCAACAAGCCUUGCCUCUGUUUGUGCACUGUCUGUCUUUGUUGUCAAUUGUAUAAUUUCAUUGAAUGUUUGCCAUAUAUGUACCCUGUAAUCAACUCCGAGUCGCAUCGGAAUGGAAUAUGAAUAAAGUAUAUUAUUAUUAUUAUUA